AUGGCGGACUGUUAUCCUCCUCGUGCGCAAUCAAAACGGAGCAACAAGUCUCGUCUUGAAAGUAAGGAACCUGCUCCUUCUGACGCCGAUGACACCAAAAAUCCUCCUUCCACGACAGAUUCUUUGAUUGCUGGAAUGGCAAAUCUCUGGGGAACCGAUAGUUUGACUGACACCUCGCUAAAACUUGCAGACAACGGUAUUAUCCCAGUCCACAAGGUCAUUCUUGAAAACGAGGAAGAAAUCCUCUCACUAAAGGAAGACAACCCACAUGCCAUGAUUGCAAUGAUGAAGUUCUUCUACCAAAAGGAAUAUUUCCCUCCCAGGGACGAUUCUUUAACUCCGCUCCGAUUCCUUGCUACAGUUUAUCAAGUCGCAGAUAAAUACCUCGUGCCACAACUGAAGGAGCAUUCCAUAGAAAAAUUCAGAUACGUGCUAAAAAAGGACUGGAAUUUCAAUGACCCUGACAACUUCGACGAUUUCCUGAGUGCCACGGCGCUUAUUUACGAGAGCACACCGCAGAGUGAUCGCGGGCUGCGGGAUCUGGUAGUUGACAAGGCUUUGGAAUGUCUUAGUAAUUUUGGGGAAAGGAAGGGCUUCCAGGAGCUUCUGCAUAAUACCAUGUGCAAUCUCAGCGCCGAGGAGUUGAAUGCGACGUACUCGUCCCUGUCCUCCAGUUCACCGUCUGCGAGCAGCUACACGUUCAACCCCACAAAAUCGGGUUCUCAGACAACUUCUUCCCCUUCGACGACCAGCGCGACAACAACUACCGAGAACCCUGCUUCUACUUCAAGUGGCCAAAGCAGAGAAACCAUAGUCGUUGGCAGUGGUUCACAUUCACCCUCCACCUCCUUGCCAGGUGGUGCCAUUGGGGGAAUCGUUGCAGGCGUGAUAGUUGCCCUGAUAAUAGCACUUGGAGCCUUGUAUUUUUUCCUGAAGCGCAACCGCUCACAGCCAAAUCCUGCGGUAGGCGCUUACCCUCCAGGGCCGACAUACACCGCGCCGCCUCCAGAUAGAAUACUUGCAGCUGAGGGCAAAUCGGCCAGUUCUGAAAUCGCCCCUUCAAAACCCAUAUAUAAGACAGGGUAUACGAAGCAUGCCUAUGAGGCGGAUACGAGGCAGACCUAUGAGGCAGAUGGUAAUGUGGUAACACAGGUGCAUGAGGCUGGUGGAUUGAAUCGGCAUGAAUUAGCAGGACGUUGA